UAAAACUACGUGGGCCCAUUUCAGUCCGAUUCGCUCAAUCCAUGAAUCAAUUAAACCGAUUCACUGAAAGAUCCGAUUCAUUCGAACAAUUCGUUCACGCUAGCGUGAGAGAGGAGUUCCGCUGCGGGGCCGCUGCUGCUGCUGUCUGGGGCCGAUAUGCAGAGGCGGGCCGGGGAAAAGAGGCACAAGAAGGGAAGGAUCUCAGAGCAAGAAACCUGAACCCGGUGAUCAUAUUCGUCGCUCAGAAGCGGUAUUAAAACAGGAAAGGGCCGUUUGUAUGUGAGUUCAGCCUCGCUCUCUUUGAGAAGCACUAGCCAGCUAAAGCUAGUCAUGUAGCGCUCCAUUCACACGGACGCCAAACAUGGACACGACUGCACACAAUACUUGUGUUUUUCAUCGUUUCUGUGGCUAACAAACUCUAGGAUGAACGGAUCCCAAUGGCAAUAGAGUGCAGAUGGAGGGGCGUUGUGGAUUUAGCUAGACAUUCACCCAGAGAAAACACUCUCGUCCUCCGUUGAAUCUGUGGGCUUUGAUUCCCUCGAACCCGAUAAAAGUGCUCCUCCGGUGUUGUUUUGGUCAUAAAGCGCCUCGAUAAGAAGUGCUGUGGUAUUUUUGUUUUUUAUGGCAGUUGCUGAGCACAUAAAGUUAGCUGUAGCUUAAUCCUGGAUCAGACCAAAUGAAGGAGUAUAAGGUGGUUGUGCUGGGCAGCGGCGGCGUGGGCAAGUCCGCACUCACGGUCCAGUUUGUGACCGGGACAUUCAUAGAGAAAUAUGACCCGACCAUCGAGGACUUCUAUAGGAAGGAGAUCGAGGUGGAUUCGUCCCCCUCGGUGCUGGAGAUCUUGGACACCGCUGGGACCGAGCAGUUCGCCUCCAUGCGAGAUCUGUACAUCAAAAACGGGCAAGGCUUCAUUUUAGUCUACAGCCUUGUCAAUCAGCAGUCAUUUCAGGACAUCAGACCAAUGCGGGACCAGAUCGUUCGUGUGAAGCGCUUCGAGAAGGUGCCUCUGAUCUUGGUGGGGAAUAAGGUGGACCUGGAGUCCGAGCGGGAGGUGGCGGGUUCUGACGGACGUGCCCUCGCACAAGAGUGGGGCUGUCCCUUCAUAGAGACCUCAGCCAAGAGCAAGAGCAUGGUUGAUGAGCUGUUCGCUGAGAUUGUGAGGCAGAUGAACUACACCGCUUUGCCCGAGAAGCAAGAGCAGUGCUGCACCGCAUGCGUUGUGCAGUGACCGUCCUGGCCUUACUUGCAGUCCAGACACAUGAUCCAGAUGGAUGCUCUCUUGAACCAGUCUCUGAUCACAUGACCCUCUGAGCCACACCUGUGCCACUGAGCCCCUUGAACUCUGACACUUAGGACAUCUGGCCGAGGCUUGGCUUUGC